GCGCGUGGCCGACGAGCUGCAUCUGGUGCUGGGCCUCUUGGACCAGCACCUGGAGGCAGGGAUACCGGCGGCGCCCAUUCAGGAUGCCUCCUUCCUCUCCGAGGUCGAGGCCGCCCGGCGCGCGGUGGCCGGCCGCGCAGCCCAGGUCGCCGGCACCGCGGCGGCGCUGGCCGCCGGCGAUUUCGUGCCGAUGCCCAGAGAGAAGAAGCGCCAGGACAGCGAGGAGCCAAGGCUUCCGGGUCCAGCGUCCAAGGGCCAGGGUGCCGGUGCCGUGACCACAACGGCGAGUUGGCUGAGCUCCAGCCUCACGCUCAUCUUUUGGGUUUGCAUCUUCUUGCUGGACAUUGUUAUCGUGGUCGGGAUGCAGAUCUUCCUGGAGUCCAUCGGCCGGAAGCGAACGGGCAAGGGGGGCAUCAUGUCCCAGAAGCAGAUGGCCAGCGCGCUCUCCAAAGCCGGUGGUCCAACUGGGGCACCUAUCCCAGAGCCGAGCGCCACCAGCACCCAGCGCCUCUCAGUGCUGUCGCAGGAGGAACUGUUGGCCCAUUUGCUGGCGGAGCAUUGGGUGAAGAUCGUCAUAGGCCUUGGCAUCUCUGUCGCCCUCCGGCUCCCGCAGCUCUUCCUCAGCGAAGACGGGGUUGUCUUCCACAUGCUCUUCACGUUGGUCAUGGUCCUUCGGUGCAUGUCUCCCGUGAUGCUCUGGUUUCGUGACGAGAUGGGCUUGCCAAAGAAGGGCAAGGGAGCGACGGCGGGACCCACGACGCCUGGAAGCACGGCAGCGCCUUCGCAGAAGCACCAGUGA